UGCCCCAUCAUUGGUAUCAGUGGGAGGUAUAGUGCCCCAUCAUUGGUAUCAGUGGGAGGAAUAGUGUCCCAUCAUUGGUAUCAGUGGGGGAGGAAUAGUGUCCCAUCAUCGGUAUCAGCGGGAGGAAUACUGCCCCAUCAUUGGUAUCAGUGGGAGAAAUACUGCCCCAUCAUUGGUAUCAGUGGGAGGAAUAGUGCCUCAUCAUUGGUAUCAGUGGGAGGAAUAGUGCCUCAUCAUUGGUGUCAGUGGGAGGAAUAG